AUGAAUUGUUCAAACUUAGAUCCAAUCACAUGUUACUCCCACACUCACCGAAUCGUUCUCCUCAUAGAUCUCGACCCACUCCUCCAAAACAACCACCACCAUUACAUCAAAAGCAUUCUCUCCACUUCCAAAACCCUACUUUCUUUCCCUCCCCUUUCUUCCUCUCUUUUCGCCUUCAAAUUCUUCUUCUCUUCCCUUCCACCUCACAUUUCCUUCUGCAAACUCCACCCUUUUCUCCCCAAACACUCUUUCUCCUUCGACCACCCUUCCUCGUCUUUCAUUCUCCUCUCUCAAAUUCUCUCCUCACUCCCCAAUUUCCCUCUACCACAUCACCCCAAAGCUUCACAUCUCAUUGACUCCAUCACACAGCUUCUCCAUGAUUACCCCUGGGAGCCUGAUUUCGACGCCGCAACAUUUCUUGUUCAGCCUAAUUUAAUCCUAUUGUUCACUCCUUUGUUCGAUUCCUUCAAUUCACUCGCCGGAUUUUUUGAAUCGAACGAGGACUUGUUGCGAAUUGAGAGCUCUUUCUGUGACAAAUUUUUAGGGUUUUUCGGGAAUGUGAGCCGCCGGUUUGGGUCUAGAGGUGUUCAUUGUAGUUGGAUUGGUGUUAAUAGUGAUAGUAAUAGAUUGAGUGGGAGUCGUGAGGAUGAGGUUGGAGUGAUACGUGGGCUGUUUGAGAUUGGGGCAAGGAAAUUAGGUUGGGGUUUUUGUUCUUUGGAUUCAAUUUUGCUUGGUUCUGCUCUUGUUCCUUUUGGUUUGAUAUACCCUAAAAUUGGGGUUUCGAGGUUUUCUGUUCGUAGUUGUUCUAGGGAGGUUAAGGUUCAAUUGAAUCUUAGUAUUUUGGAUGUUAAUGGGAGUCCAAUUGAUUACAAUUGUUGUGAUCUUGAAGUUUUGGAUUUAAGGGUUUUGGGUAGAGGGGAGGAUGUGAAUUUGCAAGGUGGUGGUGGUUGUGGGAGAAAGAAGGAGAGGUUGUGGAAUGUGUGUUCGGAUGGGAUGCCGAAAUUGAAAGUUAUGGCUGUGCGCAAGUGUGACGCGUUUGUUAAAUUGAAUGACUGCCUCUCUGAUUCGGUUCUGGUGCGUGAGGUUUUAGGGGAAUCUAAGAAAGGAGAUUCAGGUGAGUUUUUCGCUGAUAGGGUUCGUGAACUGCUUGCAAGUGAAUUUGGCUGCCAAGGGCGACGGAAAUCUAUUCCUGUUUGGGAGAUCUUGUUGUGUUAUCUUUAUAAAGAAGAUUGCUGGGCUUUGGUGUUGGUUGACAGUGGCAAAAGUGGUGGUUCUUGUGUUGGUGUUCUUAGGCCUUUUACUGUUUCUUCAGCUCUUUUAUCUAUCUUGGAGGAUCCACAAUUGGCUUCUGAUUUUUGUGCAGCAAAUAUGGAUUCUUCUAUCAGGACAGGUAUUAGCGAAUCGGAUCACAAAUUUGACAAGAACAAGGGUAUGUUGGAUUCUCAGGUCAAGAGUGCCGUGGGAAUUAAGGGUAAGCAGAAAAAGAAGAUGACGGAUUUAAAUGUACUUCAAAAGCUCACGUGGAACUCUUUUUGUGAUUUAGUGUAUGAUCAAUUUGAGAUGGAUCUGCAUGAGGUUUAUUGUACAAUGGAAUGUAACAAGUCAAAGAAGUUGAAGUUUUUGAAAUGCUGGAUGAAACAGGUGAAGAAAUCUAGUUGUUGUGAUCUGAUUUUGUCCGAAAAUCCCAAGCCAAAUCAGAUAAUUGCAGAAGGGUCUGAGAGUAAAUUGAAUGAGUUACCUCAAAAUGGUGAACAGUCAAUGUCACUGGUGGCUGUGUCAAAUGAAAUUAAUGCCGGGGUUGCUAUGAAACAGGAUGAUGCUGUGCUUGAUUGCGAGUAUGAAACAUCUCAAGCAUUUUUUAGUAAUCUUUCCAGCAGAAUUCAACAAGGAAUUGAAUCUAAUACCAUAGACCUCCUAGCUUUGUCAGAGCGACUCGUGAAUUCAUCUAUAUACUGGCUAUGUAAGAAGGUUGAUAGGGAAACAAUUCCCCAGAUAGAUUCUCAUAUGAAUGAUAAUAAGGCAUGUGGUAGUGUGGUUGCGUCUGAACUAAUAAAACUACUGUUGAAGGAUCCCAAGGAGAUAGCUGCAAAGCAUAAAAGCAGAAAUUCGUCCUCUCAGUUAUCUGAUGUAGCAGGACCAGCUACAAUAAUCACAGAACAUGCAGUUAGAGAAUAUGAACUACAGAUUUUAUUUCGAAUGGAAAUUUUACAAUCAGAGGUUGGGUGUGGAAUCGAAGAUUCCAGUAAACAGAAGUUUGUCAAACAAAUAUGUCUACUCUUAGAGAACAUUCAGUGCCAUAUGGAGGGGGGGUUCUUUGGUGAUUGGAACCUUGAAAAUUAUGUGGCAAAUAUUAUAAAAAGCAGGUAUUCUCACACCCUUGAAGACACUGUUCAUAAAAUCUACAGCAAAAUGGACCUGCUUCUGUUUUCAAAUCAGGAUGAAGCCCCAGAUUUUUUAUUUAAUAGUGAGGACAGCAGCAAAUCAUUGAAUCUAAAAGUAUACGGGGAUGAGAUGGGGGAAAAUGAUGUUAUUAACGGACCCUUUUCAGCAGAAGACGAGGCUUUUCAUUUGCAGAAGAUUGUCAAAAGAAAAUCCCGAAGGAAUAUAGAUGGGGGUUGUGAUAAAAAACUAUUUGAAGCUGUGGAGAGGAGAGAAAGGGCACACAGAUUUUCAUACAUAAAAAGUCGAAUGCCUGCUUUGCGAGUUUGGGCCCCAAAGCAGAAGGGUAUGAAAUCCAAGACAGAUCACCUUUGUAAGAUUCCAAAAAGGAAAGACCGGUCAAGGGCAUGUUAUGAUACUGUAUGUGAGACGCCAAUGACAAAAAACACAAGGUCAAGCCCACAGUCAAUUGGUUCAGAUGAUAACAGAUACAUGGCUGAUGGAAGUCAAGUAGGUGGUUCAGUUGUUAAGGCAUUGUUUCAGGUAUGA